UGUGGAUCUUUCUGCCCUGUUAGGAGCUCUUGUCCCUGGCAAAGCGGAAGCGUAGUGACUCUGAGGAGAAGGAGCCGCCUGUGAGUCAACCUGCAGCCUCUUCAGACUCCGAGACAUCCGACAGCGAUGAUGAGUGGACAUUUGGGAACAAUAAAAAUAAGAAGAAAGGAAAAACCAGAAAAAUAGAGAAGAAAGGAACCAUGAAGAAACAAGCCAACAAAACCGCCUCCUCAGGCAGUUCAGACAAAGACAGUUCAGCUGAGAGCUCGGCCCCUGAGGAAGGUGAGGUGUCUGAUUCUGAUAGCAACAGCUCCUCUUCCAGUUCAGAUUCAGACUCUUCUUCAGAAGAUGAAGAGUUUCAUGAUGGCUAUGGGGAGGACCUCAUGGGAGAUGAAGAAGACAGGGCCCGUCUAGAACAGAUGACAGAAAAAGAGAGAGAGCAAGAGCUGUUUAACCGCAUAGAGAAGAGAGAAGUGUUGAAAAGAAGAUUUGAAAUCAAGAAAAAACUAAAAACAGCCAAAAAGAAAGAAAAGAAAGAAAAAAAGAAAAAGCAAGAAGAGGAGCAGGAAAAGAAAAAGCUGACACAGAUUCAAGAAUCUCAGGUAACAUCCCACAACAAGGAACGGCGUUCCAAACGGGAUGAAAAACUAGAUAAAAAAUCUCAAGCCAUGGAGGAGCUGAAAGCAGAGAGAGAAAAACGGAAGAACAGAACAGCUGAGCUGCUUGCCAAAAAACAGCCAUUAAAAACCAGUGAGGUCUACUCUGACGAUGAGGAAGAGGAAGAGGAUGACAAGUCCAGUGAGAAGUCAGACCGCUCAUCCCGGACGUCGUCGUCUGAUGAAGAGGAGGAGAAAGAAGAGAUCCCUCCAAAAUCACAACCAGUCUCCUUACCUGAAGAAUUGAAUCGGGUUCGAUUGUCACGGCAUAAGCUAGAACGUUGGUGUCACAUGCCCUUCUUUGCUAAAACAGUCACGGGAUGUUUUGUCCGAAUUGGAAUUGGAAACCACAACAGCAAACCAGUUUAUCGGGUUGCUGAGAUCACAGGUGUUGUGGAAACAGCCAAAGUUUACCAGCUUGGAGGCACGAGAACAAACAAAGGGCUACAACUACGGCAUGGCAACGACCAGCGAGUAUUCCGCCUAGAGUUUGUCUCAAACCAAGAAUUCACUGAAAGUGAAUUCAUGAAGUGGAAAGAAGCGAUGUUCUCUGCUGGCAUGCAGUUGCCCACUUUAGAUGAAAUCAAUAAGAAGGAAUUAUCUAUUAAAGAAGCUCUUAAUUAUAAAUUUAAUGAUCAGGACAUUGAAGAGAUUGUAAAAGAGAAAGAAAGGUUCAGAAAAGCUCCACCCAACUAUGCUAUGAAGAAGACUCAGCUGCUAAAGGAAAAGGCCAUGGCCGAGGACCUGGGAGAUCAGGACAAGGCCAAACAAAUUCAAGACCAGCUGAACGAGCUGGAGGAGCGGGCAGAGGCCCUGGACCGCCAGCGAACAAAGAACAUAUCUGCCAUCAGUUACAUCAACCAGCGGAACCGGGAGUGGAACAUCGUGGAGUCUGAGAAGGCCCUUGUGGCUGAAAGUCACAACAUGAAAAACCAACAGAUGGAUCCCUUUACCAGGCGGCAGUGCAAACCUACCAUUGUUUCUAAUUCCAGAGACCCAGCUGUUCAGGCCGCCAUCUUGGCCCAGCUGAAUGCAAAAUACGGUUCUGGAGUAUUGCCAGAUGCUCCAAAGGAAAUGAGCAAGGGUCAGGGAAAAGAUAAAGAUUUGAAUUCUAAGUCAGCCAGUGACCUCUCCGAAGACCUGUUCAAAGUACAUGAUUUCGAUGUGAAGAUUGAUUUACAAGUUCCCAGCUCAGAGUCCAAGGCUUUGGCCAUCACUUCCAAGGCUCCACCGGCCAAGGAUGGGGCUCCGAGGAGAUCUCUGAACUUGGAAGACUACAAAAAGCGACGGGGGCUCAUUUGAGCACACCCAGCCUGCUGCUCCAACCCCGCAUGCCCAUCACAGUGUCCCGCCUUUCCUCUUUUCCUUUGAUCUGCCCUCUUUGGGCUGGAACAGCAGAACUGGGAAGAGACUCGAAACUGCCAGUCAUCUGUAAUAUAAACCAUUUGCUGUAUAGACCUCCCCUGUCUGCACCAUCUCCCACAUCCCUGUCCUCCCGCCCGGCCCCACCAAGUGUGGAUCUGGGCUCUCUUGGGCUUUAUCCAUGCCUUUAGAUUUGUGUUUUCCCUCUUUUUAUUUUUUAUUUUAUUAUUAUUUUUUAAAAAACCAGCACAGUUCAUUGGCCACUCUGCACGCAUUCAGUAUUACCAUGGAGCUGGGCUUCUUGCUGGAGCCUCUGGUGGCGAUAGCAGCAGCACUGGGCAGUCUCUGCAGGCUGCCUCGGCCCCAACCAUUGAACAUUUGGCACCUGCCCCUGUGGAGGGAGUGGGGACUGGGCACCUGCAGUCCUCCUUCCUCUCUCCUCAUCUUCCCUUCUUCCUAUCUCUGUGGAAGAGGGGUUUUCAAAACCAACUUAGUUUCCAAAAAGUGUAUAUUUGUGGGGAGGGAGGGGGGGUCUAUUUGAGAGUGAGAGAGAGUGUGUGUUUGUAUGUAUGUGUAUGUAAGUGUGUGGAUUUUUUAUCAUUUUUUAAAAUGCAGUACUCUUUGUAUCAGUCUGUCAUGGGUCUAUAGCUGUUUCAGAUUUUUUUCAGCUGUACUUGAGCAUCUGAAACUGCAAGAAAGAAACUCAUUAAAUGUGAUUCUUCUUACUAAACAGGCCUGACUGCUGUAGCUGUGUAACUUCCCCUCUCCACGUCCUUCCCAUCCCAUCGCCUUCCUGCCUCGAGGAAACUCCCCAGUUUAGCCCCUUGCCCUGCAGGCCAGGUCCUGGCAGGUGAGAGGGAUGCCACAGCCAGGUACCAGGGAGGGCAGAGAAGUGUCUCGCUCGUCCAUGGGUACAGCCCACAGCUUCUUGGCCAAGCAUAGUGUGUCUUUUCCCCACCCAGUGUACCUGUCUCUUAGUGAUUCUGUUUUGCUGUUCUGGCAAGAAUAACAUUUUGUUUUGUUUUUUAAGAGAAAUGCAACAUGAAUGUGCAGAGAGAACACAAAAAGGUGUAGGUUGCAAAUGUACCAAGCAUGUGCAGUUGUGUGUGUGUAUACAUAUAUAUAUGGUAAGCAUAUAUAUUGUGCAGCUAGGGUGAAGCCAGCAGAGGUGUGUAUGUCUUUAUGAAAUGUUUGAAAAGAGAUAAGCUGACUGCUUGAUAAUCAUUCUCAGGUGUAAAGCUCCAAGUGUAAAUAAAAGUGGCAUUUAACAAAUCUUUUCAGAACAAAGUACAGCUGACUAUAUACCAAGAACUAAGCUAAAGAAACAGCUGAGAGCUGCCGAUUUCCCCAAGAGGGAGCGGAAUCUAGAAGCUCUGCUUUGUACUUCUUCACCCUACUUCUGUAUAAGGAAGGGGGGCGAUGGGAAUCACGGAGUGAAGUUGUAUUUCAACAUAAAAAUGAGCUUGGUCAUUCUUCUGGGUUUAGUAGAGCCUCAGUGUUGCUUUAACUUAGUUUACAUUUUUUUAUUCUUUAAAAAAGCAGCGAUGGAUGGUUUGAAGGAAGUAUCAUGACUGUAAAAUGGGUACACGAGGCAGUAACAGCGACGUGGGAACUGGAGCACGGUGCGGCUGGGCAGAGGAGUGGUGAUGGACUCAUUAAAUCACACAUACUUGAACAGUCCAUUGCCCGAAACUCUGUAUAGACAAUUGUGUAAACGCGGAAUCACAGACUGCUAAACCUUGCCCGGACUCCAGCAGAGUCCCGGAGCUGCUGGGACCUCUCUGAUCAUGACGAACUCGGACUCGUUUCCUUUCUGGUUUUAAAAGACAUAAAAUUACAGAAUCCGUAUAAUUUGUCGGAGUCAUUCUGAUCCACCAUGUAGAUCUGUAUUUAGUAUCAUUUGGAUUUGGAUAAGUGUUGAUUAUAUCAUGGCUGUGUAAUAAAAUUUUUAUUAAAACCA